CUCAGCGCUGCCUUCACAUGCCCAGUCGACAGAGGAGGAGACACACAAACCCUCUGACAGUGGGUCACACUGGAACGCUCUUUCAGUCAGCUUCUGCAGAGGAGGACAGAACCUGAACCGAGGUCAGGCGAAUGAUGGAGCAGAGAUCGGACAGUCUGGUGUCGGCGGACUCUGAACUGGCGCAGUGUGAGACGGAGGUCAACAUUUUACUGAAGAUCAUUUCUGACCUCAACAGGAAGAUGGACUCCCUACAAAUACCACGAGAAAGUCCAGUCGGGGUCAGUGGGUGCGUCCCGCAGCAGGGCUCGAUGGUGGACGCUGGCACAGCAUCAGUGGAGUCCAAGACCAAGAACGUCUGCAGGGACUCAGAAGGGGGCAGCAGUGAGCUGUGGAACGAGCUGCAGAAGGUUCUCUCUGCUCUUGAGACAUCUAGUGGUCAGGGGAGGAAAAUGCUCAAGCUGCAAACUCAGAAUGCUGAGACGAUCCGGGCAAAGCACCUCUGUGCAGCCCGGGACAGCUGGGUUCAGGCCACACAGGUGCUGGAGGAGAUGGAGAGGGACUUGGGGAUCUCGUACCCCUCUGCUCUGCCCCCUGAUGAGAGACGUCAGUAUCAGCGGGAUGUUCUCUCACUCUACAAACACAACCAAGACCUCAACGCCUCCUUGGAGAGCCGUCAGGAAGAGCUUAUGGGUGCUGAAAGAACGCUGACGGAUCUUGAGGACGAGAAAAAGUGGCUACAGGAAAAGGUGGUGGACCUGAAGAGGAAAUGGCUGUAUGGAGUGAGUCGUUCUCCUCCUGUUAGUCCGUCAUUGCCCUCCAGUCGAACUUCAAGCCCUUGCUUUUCCUCUCCUCCAUAUCCUGGAUCCCCGCUGCUGUCCCGCAAACUACCCAGCUCCAGGCCGGACUCCCCUUCAUCUCCCUGCACCGUUGAUUCUGUGCUUCAGGCUGAGAUCGAAAAGCUGCAGAGGUGUCUGGAGCGUCUGAAAGCUAGGAACGAGCGACUGAAUGCUGCACUGGUCAGAAGGAAAGGAGAAUCGGAGCAGCUGAGCAUGAGUCUUAGCCGACAGGAGGCAGACGGCUCGGCUCUACACAUGGCUCUGGCAUACUGUGAGGAGUGUGAGGAGGCUUACGGUGACCUGCUGUCCCUGUGCGAAACCAGAAAACAACAGAAUGCAGAAACAAUUAGCACACCCCAGCCUGACCUCUCAAAAUCAACUGAGGAGAAUUUGGACAAAGGCGAGUCAUCCUCCAGUCCACCAGAUGGCACUGCUGAGACCAAACCAAGCAGCUUGUCAGAGAAGGAGUUUGAGGACAAGUCUGGCGUACUUCUCCAAAGGAUCUCCAGGCUGAAGCAGGACAGGGCUGCUGUGUGUAUCCCGCAGCGGGGCGAAGCAGGAGAGGGCAAAAUCAGUCCUGACACUGGCACGCUCGCAGGGGUCAGAGGUCGCACCAGUUCACUUUCCAAAAACACCAAAGAAGAGAAAGCGGCUCUGCUGUAUGAGCUGGUGACAGUCAGGGAGGAGAUGUCAGAGAUGCGUGGGAAUCUGCGGCUCCUGGAGAAAGAGAGGCGGUGUUUGGACAUGGCGCUGAUGGUCCAGAGUGCCCAGGAUUCUGCUGGUGCUCUGAUCCUGGACAGUCUGCGAGAUGAGCUGGGGGAGAGGAGAGCCACUCAACAGAGAAUUGCUGAAAACUUGGCAAAACUAGAAGGUGGAGGGGGAAUUCCUGGUCCUCGGAAUCACUCUAUCCUAAGAGAACUACAAGCAGCACUGCAAAGGGAACAGUCCUUGAGGAAGAGAGUGGCAGCUUUACGUGAGUCGCUAGACUCGGCGCUCACAGACAGCACUACUCAGAGAAGGAUCAACAGAGAGGAGAUUGCGCGUCUCUCCCGCUACUACACUAAAGCUUCAAGCACCUACAGAAGUUCUCGAAAGAAGCACCAGGAGCAGCUGUGGCGACUGGAGAAGCAAAUCGCAGUCAUGAGCGAGCGUCAUGCUAAAGAAGAGGCCGAGCUAAGUGCUACACUAGAAGCAAUGGAGUGGAAGAGAGAGGAGACAAUACUCUAGACACUGCAGUCCUUCUUAGUAUUAUUUUAUUGACAAACAUUUCUGAAAGCUAAUGAUGAACAUUGAUUUGGAGUGAGAGGCUGGGUUUAGCAUCAUUGACCUACAAAAAUAAAAUUGCAACUAAAAUUGCAGCACUAGGAUGCACCAUUUGGCAAUAAGGUAAUAGGUUUGCUGGCUAUACUGACUUCUGUUAGUGUAGAUGCAGCAUCACACAAAAGUUUUGUUACUGACCUGAUCCUAGGAAUACUUUUCGAAGGCAUAUUUUUCACCCAUGUGAAAAAGUUUUACUGAAUAUUUAUUAGCCAUUUUGCUGUGAAGCCAAGUGCAAAGAUUGUAAGUAUAGCUAUUGGAAAAGGCCAGCUAUUCUAGUCCUUGAUAUUACUAAUAUAUCUCUAUAUCAUCAUGUCAGUGUACAUAAUUUUACAAAUAUUUACUUUUAAGUAUUAUUCCUUUCUAUUUGUACAGAUAUAUAGGCCUAUAUGUGAAAAAUUGCAUGCAAAUUUUGUUUAUCAUUUUAAAGUUAUAUUUAAAAAAAAAUAAAAAAUUAUGAUGAAUAAAACAGUUACAGUUUUGAUGUAGUUUAAAAACUACUGUGACCUGGUAGUUUGCUGUAUGAGAGCAGGCAGCAAUAACAACAACAGGUGUAUGUGCAUAAGAAAAACAUUAUAUCAGUUUUGUCCAUCUAACACAAUUCGCUAUUACAUUGACAGAUAUCUCUAUACAAACAUUGUAUUUUAGUUAAAGUGCCCCUAUUAUGCCAUUUUUAAGGUUCCUAAUAUUGUUUUUGGAAUCUCCUAUAAUAGGCUUACAUGCAUGCAAAAUCAUAAACGCUUUCGUUUUCUCAAAAUAUGUUUAAAUAUCACCUGGCAUUCUAACGAUUCUCAAAUGAUUUUUUCGAAGCAGUUCAAAGUUUUAGCCUCUCUAAACACCUCCUUUCUGUGAACCUACUGUGCUCUGAUUGGUCAGAUGGCCCUUUCUGUUGUGAUUGGUCUCUACUGUGUACAAUGUGUCAGAAAUGAUACGCCCAUUGCCAUGCUAGAUAGAAAAUAUAAAUAUCUAUUAUUUAUCAUAUUCACAGGUUGUGAGUCAGCUGGUCCAAAUAAACUGUGUACUGAGCCAUCUUUAAAGGGCAAGCGUUUUGUGAAUCCCACAUUGAACUCCCUGAGAUUAAAGAAGCAGUCGCCAGUAAAAUAAACAGAAUGCAAAAAAGAUUGGGAUUGUACUGCUGCGUCUGUCAUCUGUACACAAAACUUUCCACAAAUGCAAAGAAAACAAUUUUCAUAACGUACAACAUCGUUGUUUACACAUAGCAUUAAAACUGAAAUACAAAUUAGGAACUUUAUUUUAAUGAACAGAAUUCCUAAAACUUGAACUAAAAUGAACACAAAAUCAGAAAAUAUAAAAAUAAAAUGUAAUUGAAAUAUGAAGAAACUAUUAUAGUAGCUCAAUGAUACUAAAAUAACACUGCGUUGUAAUGCUGACCUCCUUUUGUCCAUUCCCUCUUCACGAUCAAAGCAGCUGCAUAAUCAUUUUCAUUUAAAAGCAUUUUUUUCUUGUGAGUCUCAGGAAAACAGAGAUCACAGAAAAUGGGUCAGUGUGUGCCAGAGGUGGUGUGUCUUUCCCAGCGCGGAUCACUCUUCCUGUGAAGAUUCGGCCUCGCCGUCGCUCUCACACUGGAAACGGGGGGGAAGGGAGGGACACACAAUAGAGAGAGAGGUCAGAGGAGCCUGACUCACACGUUUGUCUUCUCUUUCACUGAUCCAUGUCUUUCAGUGCCGCCUGGGCCAGCUGACUGCAGCUGUGGCAAAGGUUGAGUGUCACACCCCCGGGGUUAAAGGAUUUGCUCUCUGUUGCAGGAGCUGCUGAAUAAAGGGGGUCACAGGGUCACGAUAAACACAGACUCUGUCCUGAACACGCCUGCUGGGAAAGAUCCGAGUUUUAGUGAUCGUUUGGAUAAAGAUAAUGAUUACGUCUCCUAUAUCCUCAACAAACUGCUGAAGUGAUAUGAAAACGUCAUGCUGAAUGAUGAGAUAAUCAUUCUUGUUUCUCCAUAAUCAUUAAUAAAUAUUACCCUCAAUUUUGUGGUGAUCACACUCACAUUUUUCACCUGGGAGACAAAAUAAUGUGUGAAAAAAAGUCUUGUUGACUUAGGUAUACAGGUCAGCAUCUCGGUAUGGUACUAAUAUGUACCAUUUAGGUGCUAAGAUAUACAUUUUAGGUAUUUAUAUGUACCUUUAAGGUGCUAAUAUGCCCCCUUUAUUGGUAAAAAAGGUACAACCCUAGUGACAGCUUUUGUACCUUUUUUUCUGAGAAUGUACGAGGAAGAUUAAAACUAAUUUAAAAAGUGUGAUUUCUACACCUAAGUCAUGUAAAUAAAUGAAAUAUAUAUAUAUAAAUAUAUAUAUAUGCACUGGCCCUGCCAGUUACAAAUUGUAAUGUCUAAUACUUUCUCAUUUAACACAACAAUAGCUUUAAUUAAUUUUUUGUGGGUAUUUUCACAGUCAAAUUUAUGACACAUCAUGUAAUUAAUUAGAUUAAAAAUUUUAAUCGACUGACAGACCUAAUAUAUAUAUAUAUAUAUAUAUCCCUACCCAUAAAAUCACAAACAACUAGAAGUGCCAUGUAAAUUAAGAGGUCGAAAAUAUAAAAACUGAAAUGUAAUUAAUUUUAAUUAGAAUUAUUUUAGUAGUUUUUUCACUACAGAAACUAGGAAUAGAUUAAAAUAAUAAUUAAAAAAAAAAAAAAAUGGGAGUGGGACUUGGAGUCAAAAAAAUAAAAAAUCACUGACCUCGAACAACUAGCAACCAUCUAAAACCAGAAGUCUAGUCAGGACCAGAGCAAAACUAGACCCCUCAAAUCCAGCCCUCAAUUCUUCAUGCAAGAAAUAUAUUGAUACAUAAUUUUUCCCCACUCACUUAAGACAUAACUCUUUGUAAAUGCUCGCCAUGUCAGGAAUUGUGCACUUUUAAUGCGCACUGUUUACAUGCAAUGUUAUUCAUAACUAACUCACAGAACUAAUCAACUAAUUCCCUCAUUCAAAUACAACAAUCUGUGAAAUGGAAAGUGAAGGCAAAUGUCACAGAAGAGCAUGUCACGCAAACCCAGCAGCAUCUGUGUGGUGUAAAGUGUUUUAAGAGCUUUGGGAUGCUCCGAUCCCUGGGAAAAAACUCACAAAAACAGGAGCUGUCAAUCACAGCAGGGGGAUGGGUUAUUAGGCCCCGCCCCCUCCUCGACAGCACACACGCACACACAGCAGGCUCUGACCCGCAGGGUUAAGGUCAGCUCAUUUACCCCAAACAUCAUGUCACAUUUAAAUACGCUUCCCCCUGAACAGCGUGAGUGGAUUGUAGCAGGCCGAUGCUCUUUUUCUCACAGACGUCAAUGCUCUCUUUUUCCUCUCGUACUCUGUUUCCUCCAGCCCUCCCUUUCUUCACUCUUAACCUCUCACACUCCACAUUUAGUGGUAUAACAUGCUGCUAUUCAGAUAAAAAAAGACGUUUGACCCUGAUCAAAUGACUGAACGUGGUUUUUCUGUUCUCUCUUUCAUUUCGCUUGUCCAACAGACUAUUAAAGGGUGGAAAAAUGAGUGGAAACAUGCACUUACUCUCAUGUCGUUCCAAACCCCGUUUGACUUUCAUUCUAUAAUGGAGCUCAAAUGGAGACAUUUAGCAAAAAAAGUCCAAACCGAUCAUUUCAGUACACAAGCUUAUUCUAAAAUUUAGGGAACCUUUCAUGUCCAUUGAUGAUAAUCAAAUUGUUUAUAUAACAAUUUUCUUAAGAAAUAUCAUAUUAAGAGAAAACAUACCCUUUUUUCCCCAGCUUGCUUGAAAUUGGCUUUAUGUCUCUUAAAUUAGUUUUUGCAAUGCCUGCUUUUU